GAAAGGAUAGGGUCAGUACGGGUAUGGGAAGGGGUGGGAAUGAGGGAUUCAGGUAAGGUAAAGGUAGGUACAAUAAUGGAGUAACCCCCAACAAUAAUCCCAUGCUUUAACAAGCAAACUACCGUCCGGGUAUAAAUAUUGAAUAAACAUAGGUUAUAUAAUACUUUAUUCUUAGAUGCCUAUGUGAUAGCGAGACUGGUUAUUCAGAAGCAAGAACUUGAUUUAAAUUCAGACUUCGUAUUUUCGAUUUUAGGAAGUUUUUAAAAAACAGGCUAGAGCCACUUCUCGUGGAUGGUUUAAUCGGCUUUUCUGUCCUUCUGUAGCGGGCAGAAUUAAAUUAACUUUGGGAUACCUUUUGAUUUUACGUUUCUAUGGCUCCCAUUGAAAAUUGUGCUCUCCUCUCUCUACUUCCACGUAAUACAUCCCAGAAUCGGGUUUAACCAGAGAGAAUUGCAGAACGCGCGCGAACCAAAGAGGGCUGGGAUUUUCCCAGUCAGCAGCGUCCCCGUGAUCCUCGUAGAGGCGUGGCGCGCACGCACGAGAGAAAGAGAGAUAUCGUACCCCGGAACUUCUCUGCAUUGUAGCUUCCGGUCAGAGUCCCUUUCUAUGGCUCACCUGCGGUUGCUGUUGCUUUGGUCGGCCGUAGAGGCUAUAUCGUCCGCUGCUAAUUCCCGGCCUUUGUGGCAAUGGGAGGCGAUUGCUCGUUUGCAGCCGGAGGCGGCAGAAGCUCGUCAGGCAACAGCGGUGCAGGAACUCUUGAAGCGGCUUCUGGGCUCGAAGGCAGCUUCUGCCUUCGAUGUAUCCGUGAACCGGUCUUUGGCCGAACCUGACGGUCUUGACACCUACCGGCUGAGCUCGGAGGCGCCAGGCACGAUAAAUGUCUCUGGUUCUAGCGGAGUAGCCGCCGCCUCGGGAAUCUACCAUUACUUGAAGGACUUCUGCGGCUGCCACGUGUCCUGGUCUGGGACGCAGCUCCGACUACCGGAGAGUUUGCCCCCUGUCUCCGCAGAGAUUAUCGUUACCAGCCCCAACAGGUUCCGGUUCUAUCAAAAUGUCUGCACUUACAGCUAUUCCUUUGUGUGGUGGAACUGGGACCGCUGGGAACAGGAGAUUGACUGGAUGGCUCUCCAUGGAAUUAACAUGGCACUGGCAUUCACUGGGCAGGAAGCCAUAUGGCAACGAGUGUAUUUGUCACUGGGUCUAAAGCAAUCAGAAAUCGAUGAGUACUUCACUGGCCCUGCUUUCUUAGCUUGGAACCGGAUGGGGAAUUUGCACACUUGGGCGGGACCGUUGCCCUUCUCCUGGCAUCAGAAAAAGCUAAAUUUGCAGUACAGAAUUCUAGAGAGAAUGAGGUCUCUGGGUAUGUUGACAGUGCUUCCUGCCUUCUCUGGGCAUAUCCCUCGAGGCAUUCUAAGGGUAUUUCCACAGGUCAAUGCCACACAACUGGGGAACUGGAGCCAUUUUGAUUGCACCUAUUCAUGUGCUUACCUCUUAUCACCUGAAGACCCCAUGUUUCAGGUUAUAGGGACCCUCUUUUUAAAGGAGCUUAUCAAAGAAUUUGGUACAGAUCAUGUAUACAGUGCUGACACCUUCAAUGAGAUGCACCCACUUUCAUCGAAUACCACCUACCUCUCCAAGGUCAGCGCCGCUGUCUUCCGCUCCAUGAAUGGAGUUGACUCCCAUGCCAUAUGGCUGAUGCAAGGUUGGCUUUUCCAACACCAGAGAGACUUCUGGCAACCUGCUCAAGUUAAAGCCCUUCUUCGAGGUGUACCUAUAGGCAGGAUGCUGGUGCUGGACCUCUUUGCUGAAUCUAAGCCUGUCUACCUCUGGACUGAGUCCUUCUAUGGGCAGCCUUUUAUCUGGUGCAUGCUUCACAACUUUGGUGGGAACCAUGGCCUUUUUGGCAUGGUGGAGAGCAUUAACCAAGGCCCCUUUGAAGCCAGACAUUUUCUCAACUCUACUAUGAUUGGCAUAGGCCUCACCCCUGAAGGUAUUGAACAAAAUGAUGUGAUAUAUGAACUCAUAACAGAUUUAGGUUGGCUCAAGGAGCCAAUAAAUCUACAACAGUGGGUUGCCACAUACAGUACAGAGCGCUAUGGUGUCAAGAACAUGCAAGUGAUAAAGGCCUGGCAAUUGCUAUUCCAGAGUGUCUAUAAUUGUUCAGGGCCUUGUGUAAAUCACAACCACAGCCCCCUUGUCCACCGUCCUUCUUUUCGGAUGAACACAGAGGUCUGGUACAAUAAAAGUGAUGUCUAUGAAGCCUGGCAGCUGUUUCAAAAUACUUCUGGUGAACUGGGCAACAGCAGCACCUUCUGCUAUGACCUUGUGGAUGUUGUUCGUCAGGUUCUGCAACAGCUAGUGAGUGAUUACUACUUGGAAAUCAAACAGGCUUUUCAGAAACGUGUGCUGUCACAACUCCUGGUUACUGGUGGUGUUCUAAUCUAUGACCUUCUUCCUGAACUGGACACUCUUCUCUCCAGUGACAGACGUUUUUUGCUGGGAGGAUGGCUGGAAGCUGCCCACAAAAUGGCCACCAGCAAAAAGGAGGAACAGUUGUAUGACUUCAAUGCACGCAACCAAUUAACUCUUUGGGGACCUGACGGCAACAUUUUGGACUAUGCCAACAAACAACUAGCAGGGCUGAUGCUAGACUAUUACAGAAUGCGUUGGAAGUUUUUCAUUAUCACUUUGGUGAAAUGCCUCAAUUCUGGAACACCUUUUCACCAGGAUCAAUUUAACCAAGCUGUCAUCAAAGUAGAAAAGAGAUUUAUCUACAGUGAAAAACAGUAUCCAUCAAAACCUAUUGGCAAUACACUUGAGAUAGCUACAAAGAUAUAUCUUAAAUAUUACCCCUCUGCCAUGAAGUACAGUCACUUGAUGCCAGUGUGACGGAGACACUCCUUUCUUGGUAUAACUUUUUGGAUCAUCGAUUCCAGCUUUGUACUUGUAUUGGUUUACUGAGUUAAAGUUCACUCUGUUUUUUUUAAUAGAUGCCCCAAUGUCCAAAUAGAAUUGGAACUAUAUGAGAGAAAAGGCCUAGUUUUUAGAAAAAGAUACAUCAGGCUAUGCGCAAAAUCAUGGAAGUAAUACUUCUAUUGGGUAAUAACUGAAUAAGAUUUGUAAUUAUUGGCAAAAAUUCAGCAUAUUAUCUUAGAGUAAAGAUAAAGAUAAAGGUUUCUACUGUCCAGUCAUGUCAGACUCUAGGGGUGGUGCUCAUAUUUGUUUCUUAGCCGAGGGAGCCAGCAUGGUCCAAAGACAUUUCCAUGGUCAUGUGGUGGCAUGACUAUACGCCAAAGUGCACAGAAUGCUGUUACCUUCCCACCAAAGUGGUACCUAUUUAUCUAUCUGCAUUUGCAUGCUUUUGAAUGGCUAGAUGGGCAGGAGCUGCGGCAUGUAAUAGGAGCUAAUCCUGUUGUGUGACAUUUGGGUCUUGAAUCCGGGCAGUGAGCUUUUCAGCUGACAAAACUCAGUGUCUUUAACUGCUGAGCCAUCUUAGAGGUACCUGCCUUUGUUAUUCAAAUACUCCAGCAUGGUUCCAAUUAAGUUGAAAAAUGCAUUGACUGUAUUAGCAAAAAUGAGUGCUAUUGAUUUGUAUAGAUGAUCACAAAGCCGUGUUUGGCUCCUCUAUAUCCCUAUUCAGCCUUCUUCCUUUCUGUAGAUCAGUGUUUCCCAAACUUGACAAUUUUAAGGCAUGAGGACUUCAACUCUCAGAAUUCCACAGCCAGCAACGCUGGCUGUGGAAUUCUGGGAGUUGAAGUCCACAUGCCUUAAAAUUGUCAAGUUUGGGAAACACUGCUGUAGAUCAUUCUAUACAACUGAUACCAGUGCAAUUUUGCUCUUCUGAGAAAGUGUCUAUAGAGGAAAUUGGUCUUGAUUUCUGCAGGACCUCUUUAGGCAAAAUCAUAUUAGUUUGGUUGAAAAGUCAGUGUAAUGAAAAGUCACCAAACUAAAAAAAACUAUACAGAAAUGUGUUUUUUUAUCUUUAUAUUAUAGGUAUAAUAAUAAAAGGAAAGAUGCAUACUGA